AUGGAUUCAAUUGGAGAAAUAAUAGAGCACGAAAUAGUAGCACCUGAACCACCAACACCGAACUUUUCAUCAACAGGUUUUCCCGACCCCAAAAAUGGAAGAAAGCACAAAGUUUCAAGAUGGAAACUCAAAAAUAAAGAAGGCAUAAAGAAAGAGGUUUCAGAUUUAAAAGACGAGCUGCAAAAUAAUCCAAAACAAGAGCUUUCAGAGAUGGAAAAGAUUGAUAAGGAAAAUAGGGAAAGAAUGUCAAAAAUGUCAGAGGAGGAAAUUUUAGCAGAGCAACAAGAGCUUUUGAAGCAUUUAAAUCCAAAGUUGGUUCAAGGUCUACUAAAUAGGUCAAAGAAAAAUGAGAAUAGUCUAGCGUCACAAGCACGUGAACCAGAUCAAGAUCUUGAGCACCAUAGUCACCACGAGCAUUCUGAAGGAUACAACGGUUGGAUCGGAGAGGUGAAAACAAAGGAUGGAAUAACUAAUUUAUCUCAACUAGAUAAAGAAGAUCUAAAUGAUAAACUAGGGAUCUCUAAUAAAACGGUUAGAUUUGAUGAUGGUAAUACGAUGACUAUUGAUCAUGAAGAUUCGGAUGAAAAUAUUGAAGGAGAUUCAAAGCAAUCGGAAGAUGUCACAAAUGUAAAUGAACUUGCAAAUCCAAAUGCUAUAGCUCCAGAAGACUAUCAAAUAAAUAAUGACGAUGACGAUAUCAUAGAGCGGAAUAACACAGUACAUUUUACAAAACCUGAAAAUAGGGAAAUAGACAUAAAUGAUCCCGAUUUUUUUGACAGAUUACAUGAAAAAUAUUACCCAGAUUUACCAAAAGAAACUGAAAAAUUAUCUUGGAUGACAACACCUUUACCAAAGCAAGUUUCAACGACAUAUGAAAGUAUCUCAGAUAUGAGAUUUGAUUUCAAAGGUAACUUAAUACAGAUAGAUAUAAAUGAAGAAACAGAAUCUCAAAAAGGAAUACCUACUUACUUAGGUCUACAUCAUCAUUCUGAGAAUCCUCAGUUAGCAGGGUAUACGUUAAGUGAAUUGGCUCAUUUGUCAAGAUCGGUUGUGCCAGGGCAAAGAUGUCUAAGUAUACAAACUUUGGGAAGAAUUCUUCAUAAGCUAUGCAAACAUGAACUUAACAUUCUACCAGUAGCGGAUGAGGUAGAGAAUCAAGAUCUUCAAAAAAUGGUAGUAAUAUUUGAAAAAAUGAUGUGGGAUUUGAUAGAUGAACUAAGAAUUGUUGAAUCCUUGAAAGAAGCAGCUGAUGAAAAAAAGACUAAAAAUCUAUCUGUUAGAAACUACGCUAUUGAAGCACUAUGGCUUUUGCAAAUAGGUGGAGGUGUGCCAGUACAAGACGACGAUGCAACGAUUGAAGAGAUUCUAUAA